AUGGUUCAAGGUGUCAAGAGACGAUAUCGAUCAGACCCAUCUGAUCCAGGUCAAAGCGGCGCAGUAACAAUUGAGAAAUACCUUGCCGGCAAAGACCCCUACAGAGUCGCCCCUCCCAAUGAGAUACCCACUCCGUGGCCUUAUGUCAAGUGUCUUGUGACACAAGAAGCCGAAGAUCUCUUUGUGAAGAUCAUGCACGACUGUGAGAAGAUAUGCGACGAACACUUCAUCACAAUUCGAGAUGUCAGAGUCGAUACACUAAUGAGGAAAGAUUUCGAACACAAGGGAACACCAUGUCUGAUCAUCGACACGAAUGAUACCGAUACUCGUCGUUGGCAGGAAGCUGCUACUGAUCUUCACGACCUCGUUCAGAAAACGAGACCUCGGAACCAGGAGAUGUUCAAGGUGGAAGUCAGAAACUCAUUGAAAAUGUACUCCGACGUAUCCUCAUGCUUGCCAGAUGACAAAAACCUUCUCCAGUACAUCGAAGACAUUCAACCUAGACUCUUAGAAGUAGUUCAGGAAAAGCUCCCUUCGAGCUGGACAAGCAUCGCGUAUCACAUGAGAGGAUCCAGGACCUCAGGACAAGCCGCACCAAAACCCACUGUCCUCGUGUUUGUCAAGCCUGGUACUAGCUAUUUUUUUUGA